AUUUCACUUCGUUGCUUCUUUGGCGGGCAACAUGUAAGCGAUCGAGCUUUUCCUUACACUGAAACAUGGCUUCUAAAGCAUCCUACAGACCUGUAGUCAAGAGAAGUUCAUCGGAGCUGAUUGACGUCUUAGAUAGUUCGGAAACCAGCGCUGCAGAUAAUUAUGGAUCUCUUAAAAAUGAUGUUACUGAUGGUUCAGAAGCAGAGAGAGUUAUCAUCAUUAAUAAACCACAAACUCAGCAGUUUUGCAACAACAAGAUUAGCACUGCCAAGUACAACUUCUUGACAUUUCUUCCCAAGUUUCUCCUUGAACAGUUUAGUCGAUAUUCCAAUGUUUUCUUCUUGUUUAUUGCACUUUUGCAGCAAAUAGAUGAUGUGUCUCCAACUGGGCGUUAUACCACAGCUGUUCCUCUUCUCUUUGUUCUUUCUUGCUCUGCUGUAAAAGAGAUCAUAGAAGACUAUAAAAGACAUCAAGCGGAUGACCAGGUUAACAAUCGUAGGGUUAAAGUUCUUAGAGAUAAUACCAUGCAGUCGUUACUAUGGACUGAGGUUCAAGUUGGGGAUAUAGUGAAGGUGGUCAAUGGACAAUUUUUUCCAGCAGACCUUAUACUAGUUUCAUCAAGUGAGCCAAUGGGAAUGUGUUACAUAGAAACAUCAAAUCUUGAUGGAGAGACUAACUUAAAAAUCAGACAGGCCUUACCCCUUACUGCAAAAAUGACAUCACUUCUAGAGAUUCGUUGUAUGCAAGGACGUGUGGAGUGUGAAGGACCAAAUAAUCGACUUUACGACUUUGUUGGAAAUAUCACUCUUCAAACUCAAAAAUCAAAACCAGUUGGUCCAGAGCAAAUCUUGCUAAGAGGAGCAAAUUUAAGGAACACACAGUGGGUAUUUGGUCUAGUUGUCUAUACCGGACAUGACUCAAAACUUAUGCAGAACUCCACAGCUGCUCCCAUCAAGAGGUCAAAUGUAGAUCACACUACCAACAUUCAAAUCUUAUUCUUGUUUGGGCUGCUUCUUGUCCUGGCUCUUUGCAGUACUAUUGGGUUUAAGAUUUGGACAGAUAACCAUCGGGACACUGAUUGGUACCUGGGAUAUUCUGGUAAAAAAGCCCAGAAUCUUGGCAUGUCCUUCUUGACGUUCAUCAUUCUGUUCAAUAAUCUGAUCCCUAUCAGCUUGACAGUUACACUUGAGGUUGUGAAGUUCAUACAAGCCAUCUUCAUAAAUCUAGAUAUUGACAUGUACUAUGAUGAGACAGAUACACCAGCAAUGGCAAGAACUUCCAAUCUGAACGAAGAGUUAGGGCAGGUGAAGUACAUUUUCUCAGACAAGACAGGCACGCUAACAAGAAACGUGAUGGAGUUUAAGAAAUGUUCCAUUGGAGGAAUCAGUUACAGUGGUGGAAGAGAAACGUUCAUGGAUCCAGCUCUGCUAGAUAAUCUUAGAGAACACCAUCCGACAGCUUCUGUGAUUCGAGAGUUUUUGACGUUAUUAGCCGUAUGCCAUACAGUUGUUCCGGAAAGAGAACCAGGAAAUCCUGAUAAGAUUGUUUAUCAAGCCGCCUCUCCAGAUGAAGGUGCUCUGGUGAAGGGAGCUAAGAAACUAGGCUUCUCGUUCAACGUCAGGACUCCUACAUCAGUGAUUAUCAACGCGAUGGGCCAGGAAGAGGUGUAUGAAGUCCUAAAUGUGUUAGAAUUUAACAGCACUCGUAAGAGGAUGUCUGUAAUUGUUCGAACUCCAGAAGGAAAAAUCAAGUUGUACUGCAAGGGAGCUGAUACAGUAAUCUUCGAGAGAUUGCAAGACAAACAGAUGUACAUGGAUAGCACUGUAGAGCACUUGGAGGACUUCGCUAAAGAAGGUCUACGCACUCUUUGCAUAGCAAUGGCUGAGCUGGAGCCUGAGGAGUUCCAGCGGUGGAGUGAUAUCUAUUACAAAGCUUCCACAAGCUUGGAAAACAGAGAAAAGAACGUGGAUGACGCUGCUGAACUUAUCGAGAAGAAUUUGUUCCUGUUAGGCGCCACGGCCAUUGAAGAUAAGCUUCAAGAGGGUGUCCCAGAAAGCAUUGCUGCCCUAGCGGAUGCCGACAUUAAGAUUUGGGUUCUCACUGGUGACAAGCAAGAAACUGCCAUCAACAUUGGUUACGCUUGCCGUUUGCUGACUCCGGAGAUGAAGCUGUUAAUCUGUGGCGAAGAGACACUGGAUGGCACGCGUGAGUGGUUGAAUGAACAUGUCAAAUUGGUGGGUCGGAGUGGCUCAUCGAGUAAGAGACCGUCUGCCACAAGGGAUGAUCUUGGACUAAUCAUAACUGGCAAGACUCUGUUGCAUGGAUUGUCAGAUGAACUCAAGUUGAGUUUCUUGGAGCUGGCUCUCGGUUGUAAAGCUAUCAUCUGCUGCAGAGUGUCUCCUCUUCAGAAAGCUCAAGUUGUGCGACUCGUCAAGCAGCACGUAAAGGACGCCAUUACUCUUGCUAUUGGCGAUGGAGCAAAUGAUGUUGGCAUGAUUCAGGCGGCUCAUGUUGGUGUAGGUAUCAGUGGAGUUGAAGGUCUGCAGGCUGCCAGCGCUUCAGACUACGCCAUUGCACAGUUCCGUUACCUGAACAAGUUGUUGUUUGUCCAUGGAGCAUGGAGUUACCAACGACUAGCCAAACUCAUCCUGUACUCUUUCUACAAGAAUGUCUGUCUGUAUGUGAUUGAGCUAUGGUUUGCACUUGACAAUGGAUUUUCUGGCCAAAUCCUGUUUGACAAGUGGUGUAUUGGUAUUUACAAUGUGGUAUUCACUUCAGUUCCCCCUUUAGCCAUUGGCUUGUUUGAUCGGACAGUGACGUCAGAGAGCAUGCUCAAAUACCCCAAACUGUACAAAGAGUCACAGAAUGCCGAGAUUUACAAUACUAAGGUAUUCUGGAUGUGGAUCGCUGCGUCUGUGUACCAUUCCUUGCUGCUGUUUUAUCUUCCCUGUUUCAUGCUAAGACACGAGGCCCCUUUCAGUGAUGGAGUUAUUGUAGGCGAAUGGUUCCUAGGAAAUGUCGUAUACACGCUAGUCGUCAUAACGGUUUGUAUAAAAGCUGGAAUGGAACUGGACACUUGGAACUGGUUGUGUCACGUGGCCAUUUGGGGCAGUAUCGCCAGCUGGUUCAUAUUCCUGUUAAUUUACUGUAUUCCUGAUAUCGCUCUGUAUAUUGCUCCUCACAUGAUUGGACAGGAUCGUAUGCUGUACUCUUGUAUUGUGUUUUGGAUUUCUCUUUUCAUCAUACCGAUGAUAACACUGCUGCUGGAUUUCUUAUACAAGAUAUUUCGAAGAACAUUUUACAAAACUCUGAAAGAAGAAAUUCAGGAAGUUGAAGCUGAGCAUGGAGAUCCAAGUCGUUUAAUUAUGUCAGAUCAUGCUAUACACACACAAAUCUGGUCACGAAAUGAAGCGUUUGAGGACAGGAAAGACCGUGGUGCUUCUGCGCUUGGAUUUGCCUUUUCUCAAGAAGAGGAUGCUCGAGUGGGACAGGCAGAGCUUAUUCGUCGUUAUGACACCACUCUGAAGAAACCUCGAGGCGACUAAAGCACUCAUCCUAAUCAACCUCACGUUUGAGAAGUAGAAAAUAUUAGUGUUAUUAUUUUUUUCAUAAAAAAUUUAUAUAUUAUUUAGAGGGUAUUUCGUACCCAUUGUGUUCAAGCAAUAUCAAUGUUUUCGAAUGAUGGAAAUUAUCAUAAUUCUGAAUGUAAAUUUAGGAAAUAAGGAAUAUUGUUGUAUCAUAUUUUUUUUUUCGUCGAGCAAGGAAAGAAGUUUGUUUUUCCGCCGAAUCUCGUCUUUAAUGCGGUAUAAGAUGUUCAUAGACCGUCCUUAGUUAAAGUAUGUUGCUAGGUAACGUGACCUUACCAAUUGACGUAAUGCCGACACAAGGCUCGUCCUCAAUCUGAUUGGACGUUAAGAGUCGGACGGCGUUCGUGUCUUUUGACGGAGAUUUCCGAUACUAGUGCGUCAUAGAAAGCAAGAGAUUUUGUGGAAGAAAAAGCACCAUUGUAGCCAUAUGAAUUUAAGUUACGCACUCCUACGCGCUGUUUAAUACAGUCUUUUUUUCUUUUUUUAAUACAGCGUUUAUUUUUCUGUAUGAUAAUAUUUUUGGAGAAUAGUUAAAACUUGCUCAAACGAAAAUUAGAGUUGCGGGAACAUUAAGACAAGAGUUAGAUUCUGUGUGUAUUCAAUCUAGUUGUGACUUUAUUGAUCGAAGUUCUUUGACUCGCGAAAGGGGUCUGGGGCGACAAAAUUUGACGAAAACCGGGAGAGAAAUACGCAUCGAGUUCCACGGCACAAAUUCAUUUAACUGGUGCACUUCCCUUUGAUAACAUCACUAUCAAACAGAAAAUAGCGAAACUAGAUUUUUUUGGUUUUGUGUUGGUUCUUUUUCUCACGCCCUGAACUGAGUUAGACAGAUUUUAGCGAAAGAUAGUUGCGACGCAUUUGUUGACAACUAAAAUCAGCUCCAGUUCUCGUUUGAUCCAAGUUUGUGGAAUUUUUUUUUGCAUUUUAUACGUACAGCUGCUAAUUUUGUCAAAUUAGUUGAGAGCAUAUACCUGUUUUAUGCAAUAAGACCAACUGGAGAUUACGCCUCAUUGAAAGUUUGCCUCUAACGAGUUCGCGCCCCAAACCACCACACUGAGUUAACCACCUAAUGGAAAAGAACUGCUUGGCCCCAGACCAUCACGCCAACCAAAUAAACUUAACAUUCAGGCAGGUGUUUAUGCAUUUGAGUUUAAAAACCGUGGAUUCCUUUUUAAGUUGAUUGUGGAGCACAGAGAUUAUAGAUUUUUAGGUAAGUCACCCAACUGCAUGUGGUCGCAAAGCAAGAAGUUUGGAUGAUGAUCGUGUGGUUCUAUGGUUUAAUCUGACAGGAAAAACUUUUUGUCGCAAAGAGAAUUCAAUGAGUGGAAAGACUUAGAGGUGAACUUGUUGUCUUUGAAAGGGCGAACUCGUCGUAAUGGAAGCGAACUUGCAGUAGGGCGAAACCUUCCCUUAGCUCAUCAUUUGGUAUAAAGCAUAAAAAUGAUAUGCGAAUAGUUUUGUUACAUGAGGCAUGGCUGUAAACUGGCUUCCUUUCCUGUCUUUAAACACUUUUAGAACUGUGUUUCCGUUUUUUCACAUACAAAUGGUCGAUCAAAAUCGAAAUGUUUUCUCAUUACCGAGAAGGAAAUUAGCCCUUAAAAUGUUAUUUAAAAUAAAUCGAAAAAACUAUUUAAUUCUUUAUAAUUCUUUACAAUCAAAAAAGUUAAAGAUUUCAAACUUUGCCUUCUUUGAUUGGAGACUGCACAAUUAGCAUUAUGUUUACAAAACGUUCAUUUUAAUGGAAAAUCUUCACGUGGACUUUAUACCAAUCACCACUUUGUCAUCUCUUUGUUCUGUGAAUUAGCUGGAUCUUACUGUUUCUAAGUAGUCUCUUUCUUUUGUUGUCACUCAGCAUUACAUAUUGUACGAUAAUAGGUAACGUAAACGAAGUAGUUGAUGACAUGGUCUGUUACCAUCUACGCUAGAAUGGACUAAUGAACUAUGUAAACAAUAAAG